AUGGCCGCUUCAGCCCCCAUCAAGCUCAAGGAGGCCUUCUCCAUGUUGUCUGUCGGCGUACAUCCCUCCUCCCUCACCUUUUCUUCCGCCUCCCUCUCAUCUGAUCGCCACGUCGUCAUCCACGACCACCAGCCAUCUACUGGUGCUAAAGAGCUCCUCAUCCUCGACACCGCCAACCCCACCGCUCCAAAGCGUCGCCCAUUUGCCGCUGAUGGUGCCCUCAUGCAUCCAUCAAGGUACCUCAUCGCCCUGCGAUUCGGCGUCAACGUCCAGCUCUUUGACCUCGACACUAAAAAAAAGAUCAAAGUCGCAGUCAUGCCGGACGCUAUCUCCUUCUGGCGCUGGCUGGACAAUGACAUUCUUGCCAUUGUCACAUCCCACGCCGUGUUUCACUGGUCAUUAAACGACCACGAUGGCCAAGAGGACCCCGUCCAAAUCUUUGACAGGCAUUCUUCCCUUUCUGCCUGCCAGAUCAUCGGAUACGCCGCAGACAAAUUUCAAAAAUGGCUUAGCGUUGUGGGGAUCGGCGCUGACGAAGCUACGGGCGCCAUCACGGGCCAUUUGCAACUCUUCGCUGUUGACAAGAAUCUUUCACAGAUUCUCGACGGACAUGCUGCAACUUUCGCUACGUUUGCCAUGCCGACGUACGAGGCAACCUUGUUUUUGUUUGCGUCCUGCGUCCAGAAGUCGGAAGCGGAGUCAGGCGUAGAGUCAAUACUGCGUAUCAUUGAAGUUGGCGGCCAGGGCCAGUUUGGGAAACUCUCUACAGACAUUUAUUACCCGCCAGAGUUUUCUAACGACUUUCCGAUUGCCAUCCAAGUAUCCACAAAGUAUCCCACCAUCGUUUACAUGAUCACCAAGAUGGGAUAUAUGCACUUGUACGACGUUGAGACAGGAAAGUGUAUUUACAUGAACCGCGUCAGUGACACCACCAUUUUUGCGACUACGCCGCACACGGCAUCUGGUGGACUCAUGGGUCUCAAUCGGAAAGGGCAAGUCCUAUUGAUGUCUGUCAACCCGGACAGCAUUGUGCCAUACGUUCGCUCCAAGCUUGAGGACGAAGAGCUCGCGGUAGGUCUCGCGUCAAGAAACGGUUUUCGAGGAGCGGAGAGCGGUUUUGCUGAUGGCUUCGAGGAUGCAAUGGAUGAUGAGCAGUACCGCAAGGCUGCUCAACUGGCAGCGGAGUCACCAGGCGGCUUCUUGCGAACGGCCGAAACAAUUGGUAGAUUUCGAGCCUUGCCACCAGAGCACGAAGGGGGUCCACCGUAUGUUCUCAUCUAUUUUCAGACUUGUCUUGAUCGCGGUAAGCUUAACGAGAUUGAGAGCAUUGAGCUUGCCAAGCAGUUAGCGUCCACAAAAAAAUUGCCAUUACUUGAAAAAUGGAUCAAAGAAGAAAAACUGGCGUUUACGGAGGAACUCGGUGAUGUCGUACGGCAAGCGUCGCCCACCUUUGCGAUGGCCAUAUAUAUCAAAGCGGGUAAGCACGAAAAAGUAAUGGAAUGUAUGGUUGCAACUGGACAAACUUCGAAAGUAGCUCUGUACGCAAAGAAAGUCGGAAUGAACGUGACACAUCGUGAUUUGGUAGAUAUGGCCGCGCGAUUUAACCCUGAGGCUGCCCUUGCAAUUGCCAACAACACAAGUAAUGCGUUAGUACUGUCCGAUCCCCGGAGGAAGAAGGAGUCUAUAGAAGACAUCGCGAAAAUGGUAGACAUGUUUUUGUCAAAGGGAAUGUUGAAUGAAGCCACCAGCCACGCCAUGGACACUUUAACAGAUGAAGACCCGUUGGAGGGUCCCAUUCAAACAAAGAUAUUGAAGGCUUGCUUGACGAAUAAUCCUGCUGUUGCAGAUGGCAUUUUGUCGCAAGACAUAUGGCACCAGUUUGAUUCCUUCAGCAUUGCUAUGCUUUGUGAACGUGCAGGCUUGUUCCAGCAUGCUCUGGAGCACUACUCUGAUCUUUCUGACGUGAAGCGAGUGAUUACUAACACGCAUGUGAUCAACCCGGAGUUCAUUCUCAAUUACUUUGGAACCGUGCAUCCUGAUAGUCAACUGGAGGUGUUGAAGGAAUUGCUGGUCUCGAACCCUCGGGCCAACAUACGAUUGUGUGUCAAUGUUGCCGCCCAGUACACAGACAACAUGGGUGGACCCAAAAAGGUCAUCCCUGUUUUCGAAGCAGUGCCUAAGGUGCCGGACGCUUUGUUUUAUUAUUUAGGAUCUAUUGUUGGAUUUUCUGACGUGCCUGAGGUGCACAAUCGCUUCAUUCAGAUUGCUAUUGAACUUCAGCAGUACAGUGAUGCAGAAAGAGUGACCCGUGAAUCUAACUUCUACGACCCAGAAAAGAUCAAGAACUUCUUGAAAAUCGCACGUCCAAGAGAUCCGCGAGCACUUAUCAACGUGUGCGAUAGAUUCGGGUACGUAGAUGAGCUUGUUGCGUACUUUGUCAAGAACCGACAAAUCAAGUUCAUCGAAGGUUAUGUCCAACGGGUUAACCCCCUGCAAUGCCCGGCCGUCAUAGGAGCCCUACUGGACACGGAUGGGAUGAAGGAGAAACCGUUAAAGCAAUUGAUUAUGUCAGUGAAGAACAUGGUACCGGUGACCGAACUGGUGGAGGCAGUGCAGAGCCGGGGAAAGCUGAAGCUGCUCUUAGAAUUUCUGGAGAGCCGCAUCGGAGAUGGUGCAACCGAGCCUGCCGUUCACACUGGUGUCGCCAAGGUUUACGUGGACACAAACAGAAAUGCACAACACUUUUUGGAAACGAAUCCGUACUACGAUUCACGAGAGGUGGGAAAAUACUGCUCAAGGCGCGAUCCUUUUUUGGCCUUCAUAGCAUUUCGCAGGGGGCAAUGUGAUGAGGAAGUUCUACAACUGACGAACGAUAAUUCUCUCUUCCGAGAGCAGGCCAUCUACGCAGUUGACCGCGCUGAUUCUGAGCUAUGGUCUAAAAUUUUUGCAGAUAACAAUCCGUUUCGCCGUCUUGUGGUUGAUCAAGUGAUAUCAACCGCGCUGCCGGAAAGUAAGAAACCAGAGAAAGUAUCAGCAGCCGUUCGGGCAUUUUUGGAUGCAGGGAUGCCCGAUGUCCUGAUGGAGAUGUUAGAGAAACUUGUAAUGCAGACGAGUAACACUGCUUUUGCACGCAACACAAACCUCCAAAAUUUACUCAUUCUUACCGCGAUUGGAGCUGCUCCGGAAAGAGUUAUGGAAUAUGUUCGCCGUUUAGACAAUUACGACGGACCAGACGUUGCUCCCUCUUGCAUCGGAGCCGGUCUGUUCGAGGAAGCCUACACAAUUUACUACAAAUUUCAGAAGUUCGAUGACGCGUUAGAUGUAUUGCUGGACCAUCUCAAGGACUUUGACAGAGCUCAAGAGUUUGCAAUUCGGAUGAAUAGAGUAGAUGUUUGGUUACGACUUGGUAUUGCGCAGUUAGAGAAUGCCUUCGUCGCAGAUGGCAUUAAGUCUCUCAUGCGAGCGAAGGAUGUGACUCAACACUCUCUUGUUGUUGAUGCUUCGAGGAACGAUGCAGAGACGACAGAUGACUUCAAGAUGAUUGCAAAGUUCAUGCGAGUUGCGCGGAAGAAGAUUAGGGAACCUGAACUGGCCCGCCAAGCAAUUGACACAGAGCUCGUCUAUUCACUUUGUCGCCUGCAUGCGUUGACGGAUGUAGAAGAAUUUAUCAUCACACCUGGGCACCACACCAACCUUGAGGAAGUCGGCGACAGAUGUUUCAAUAUAGAACUAUAUCAGGCUGCUAAGAUGAUGUUCAGGGCAAUUCCGCAAUAUCCGAAACUGGCUCACACGCACAUCAUGCUGAAGGAGUACAAGGAGGCAGUGUCUGCUGCGAAGAAAGCAAACAGAAUUCCCACAUGGCGCAUUGUUUGCUUCGGUUGCGUAGAUAGGAAAGAAUUUUACCUCGCCGGCCUAUGUGCCCUGCGGUUGGUGGUGGAAACAGCAGAAAUGCAAGAAGUCAUUGACUAUUAUGAGGAGAGAGGACACUUUCAAGAGAUCAUCGACGUUCUUGAAGCAGGCUUAAAUGUAUCCCGGGCACAUGCCGCAAUGUUUACAGAGCUCGCAAUAUUAAUGACGAAGUACCGCGAGCAUCGCGUGCUGACAUUCUGUCGAAUGUGGCAUGGGCGCUUGAAUAUUCCGAAAGUGUGUCGUGCUUGCGAGAGAUCACACCUUUGGGAUUCUCUUGUCUUCUUGUACGUACAAUACAGCGAAUUUGAUAACGCAGCCAACGUCAUGAUGGAUCAUUCCCCGACGGCGUUCACUGCUGGAGAGUUUUUGGAUUUGAUCUCUCGUGUGGGAGCGAUGAGCAUAAUGUACCGCUCUAUCGAUUUCUACCUGGGGGAGCAACCGGAGCUGCUUGAAGAUUUGCUGAACGUACUUGCACCGCGCGUUGACGGAUCAAGAGCUGUCUCAAUACUACAACGCGCUCGCCAGCAAGAGUUCGGGGAGCUUGGAUGUCUUCCAUUUGCCGUGAAGUAUUUAGAAAAGAUUCAGUCAGCAGACGUUCCCGAAGUGAACGAAGCUCUGAAUGCAGUAUAUAUUGCGGAAGGGAACUUCGAAAAGCUCCGCCACUCUGUGGAUGAGUUUAAGAACUUCGACCAACUAGUUUUGGCGUCGAAACUUGAGUCUCAUGAACUCAUUGAAGUGAGACGAAUUUCAUCGCACUUGUACGCUCGCAACGGAAGGCAUGAGAAGGCGAUUGAAAUGUCCAAGAAGGAUGUGCUGUACGGUGACAUGAUUUACGCGGUGGCACAGUCGGAGGAUCAGGAAUUGGCAGAAAUGUACGCUGCAUACUUUGCUGAGAAGGGCUUGCAAGAAUGCUUCACAGGUUUACUCUAUGCUUGCUACGAAUUCUUCCCUCCAGACAUUGCGAUGGAAUAUGUGUGGAUGGGCGGAUUGAAGGACUUUGCGAUGCCGUUCCUAAUUCAAACGCUUGCAGAGGCAGGAUCAAGAUUGACAGGUCUUGAGGAAGAGCGAAAAACUAAGAGGGAGAUUGAAGAAAUUAAGCGAGCAGAAGAGGAAGAGGAUUUAGAUGACCCAUCCAUUCUUCUUUACGGUUUGCAACCAGAGCAACAGCAAUUGAUGUUGACAUAUCAGCAAGCCGACGGGGGGGUUGUUGGUGGUUCCGCUCUAGCUGGGUAUGGAGGAGGAGGGAAUGUUCCACUAAUUGGAUGGGGUGGACCCGGCGCCGGGCAAGUCGACCCCAUGGCUGCCUACACGACGUACGGCAUUGGGAACCCGAUGCAGAACAACACUAACAUGAUGAUCGCGCAACAGGCUUACAUGACAGCUACAGCUAACUACCAGACGAUGCAAGCGCAGCGAUACUAAGCGAGCGCUGAACUUGCGUAGCAUGCUGUGUAAAAGAGAUGCUAAUUAUAAGUAAAA